UCAGCCAAAACCAACAGUCAGAAGUGCUCUUAUUACAACACUGGCACUAGCACUGCUCAUUCAUUCAAGCCGAGGCGCUUGGAGCAUUUGCUAGAGGCUCACUGCAUCUCACUCGCAGUCUUGUCUCUGUUGAAGUCUGACUUGGACUCGAGCUCCAGACAGCACAGCUAUUUUCAGGAAGCAGCUAGAGAAUGCUGCCCCAAGAAAUACUUUCUCUGCUUACGCUGUUCUGUGUUUUCAGGGCUUCUGUUUCUGUUCUGGAUGAAGAUGAUGAUUAUGAUCUCAUGUAUGUGAACCUGGAUAAUGAAAUUGAAGGUCCAGUUCUUGGUACUGAGGAAACUGUUUCAUGUGAUUGCCAGCGAGAGCACACCAAGUGGGACAAGCUUUUCAUCAUGCUUGAGAACUCGCAGAUGAAAGAGAACAUGAUGCUGCAGGUGAUCGAUGAGAUCCUGAAGGUGGACCUGCAGACCCUGAAAACAGAGCUGAGCCAGCUCACCACCAACUUCGCUGGCACCUUGGCCGCUGCAGUUGAGAAAGUCACCUCCCACAUUGUGUCACAGGUAGAGCAGGUACUUGUGAGCAACAGUGAUACAGCUGGAGAAGCCAAGAGGCUUCAUGAGUUUGAGCAAGGAAAGCUUCUCGAGCACAUUCUGUUGCUCAGUCACAAUGUGUCCAGCAGGCUCAGCCGGCUGGAGAGCUCUUGGCUGAGGAGGUGUGAGCCAGAGGCUCAAGAAACAGCUUUUCAUCAGGAUAAAUUCAGUCCUACCAGAGGAGACAAUCCCAUUUUGAACUCCCUGUGGAAAGAGCUACAGCAAACCAGAAGUGAACUGAAAGCAUCACAGAAAUGGGCAGCUCAGCACUUACUGCCAGGAGGAUGCGAAACAGCAGUUCUAUUCCCCAUGCGUUCAAAAAAAAUAUUUGGAAGCGUUCAUCCAACUGCUGGAAUGACCCUUCACUCCUUUACUGCUUGUAUAUGGAUCAAGGUGACUGAGGCUUUGAGCAAAACUAUCGUCUUCUCAUAUGGAACCAAGUUAAAUCCAUAUGAAAUCCAACUUUAUCUCAGCCAGGAAUCUGCAGUGCUUGUUGUUGGUGGUGACCAGCACAAGGUAGUUGUCAAAAACGUAGCUGUUCCUGGGAAAUGGAUCCACCUCUGUGGCACCUGGAGCUCAGAGAAUGGAUCUGCAUCUCUCUGGCUGAACGGAGAGCUUACAGCCACCGCCUUGGACAUUGCCAAUGCUCAUACUGUUCCAAAUGGAGGGAUUUUGCAGAUCGGUCAAGAAAAGAAUGGCUGCUGUGUUGGAGGUGGAUUUGAUGAAGCUUUAGCUUUCUCUGGAAAAUUAACUGGCUUUAACAUGUGGGACAGAGUGCUCAGUGCAAAAGAGAUAGCAGCACAGAGCGGAGAAGAUGCAUGCAGUAUGAGGGGCAACAUUAUCGGGUGGGGAGUCACAGAAGUUUUGCUAUAUGGAGGAGCCCAAUACAUUUCUUAAACUCUGACAAUGCAGUUUCUGAAGCAGAGAGCGUAUUUCAUGAAGACCUGAACACCAAUCCAUGCAAGUAAACAUGUAGGAGCCCACACUGCUCCAAUUCCCAAGGAAGAUUAGCAUUGCAAGUUUACAAAAGGAGGUACUGUAGAGACAGGAUUUUAUCUCUGCCUGCUGCUUUGGUAAAACACUAUAAAAAACAAUACAUCAGGGCAUGACAUUUGAAAAAGCUGUUCCUGAGGUUAGAUGAUUGCUGUCUCUCUAGCAUGGUGUUUUCUGAUGUAUAAAAGCAAGUGCCACUGUGGAUAUUUCGGAGCUGAAUGGUGCCCCUGGCAUACCUGCCAAGGCAAACCUAUCCAGCUGACCAGUAUCUACAGAAGGAUGCACUCCUUCCAAGCUCCUCCAGUCACUGGGGUUUAUAGUACUAAUGUGAAUUGUACAGAGGAACCACAUAAACCAAGAAAUGUGUUUAUUAAUCAUUGUUAGCAAUUUAUAGACUGUAAAAAAACUAGCUAAUUGUUUAAAACAAUAUUUAUGCCACAGGUUGACCUAACAUAUAAGAGUGAUAUUCCCCACCUUAAUCUGAUGUCACAUUUGGAGAAAAUGCAGCUGUAUUAUAUUGUAAAUUGACUUUUUAAUAAUUUUAUUGAAAUUAUUUUUGUAAAGUUGUUCUGUAAAUAAAGGUACUUUACUAUACUAAAA